UUUCUCACUAAAAAAACAUAGACGGUAACGGAUGUGGAACCACACUGAUUAAAGUACGUUUAUUUCAUUAUUAUAUGCGUAACUAAACAAUAAACAUUAGUAACUUUUUGUUCAAAAAUACACAUUUGUUCCCACAAUGAGAGAUUAGCGGUCAGGAUUUUCUAGAGUUCAUUUACGUUGCCUUGGGAAUUGACUAUUUUAUAUAGUAUUUUGCUUCCAAAAUGUCUAGAGACAAACAGUUCCAAUAUUAUAAAUGAUUGAGCUAAGUCACGUGUGUAAAACACCCAAAAAAAGAAGUCGAGUCAUGACUCAUAAGUGGCACAGGCGAGGUACAGAACAGACCUCAAAAAUUUUAAAACUCUGAGGAGGGAAUUAUCAUUAUUAAUAAUCCAUUCAUUUUACUCAUUCUAGGAUAAAAGUGGGACCUUUAAACCUUUUACCCACGUAGCCGUUGUAAAAAUCCAUCCCCACAACGGUUGAAUUACACACCUUACUAUAAAAAUUCAAAACUCUCCCUCUACUCCUUAAACCAAACCAAACUCCAAGUUCAAACAAACACAAUAAUCUAUGGCCUCAUCCAAAGCUCAUCACCUCAGAAGCUCAUUCUCCUUCCCAAACCUCCUCCUCUCCUGCCUCAACUUCACUCUCUUCAUCCUCUCCGCCACCUCAGUAGCUCCCAUAAUCCUCAUUCGAACACCCCCAACUUCCUUCGGAAUGGCUUUUCUCAUGGUCUCCUCAAUCUCCCUACUCUCCUCAUUGGUUGGCUUCUACUCUCAGCUAGCUCACUUCUGCUACAUCACCCACGUUUCCCUUCUCCUAGCCUCGCUGAUCGGACAAUUGCUCGGUAUCCUAGUCUCGUUCGCCAAGGAGAAUUCGACCCUUUUGCUCCUCCGUUCGAGCCGGGACCCCAAAGAGGCCAAGCUCCUUAUGAGGCUGGAGUGUGGGGUGUUAACUGCCAUGUUUCUUCUUCAGGUGGCGGUGUUUCUGCUCAGCUGUGCUGUGCAUAGCUGUUGGGUGAGGGAGUAUGAGGGUUUGGAGGCUGAGAGAGAAGCAGCAGCCAAAAAGCGUAGCCGAAGGAUUGCACAGGUUCAAGAGGAGUCCAUGGCUAAUGCAGAGAAGAUUAAGGAGAUUAAGGCCAUGGAGUUGGAGGAUAGGAUGAAGAGCAAGUAUUGUCAGUGGGUCAAAACUGAUUUUGAAGGCUGAUGAAUUGAACAAAAAAAAUGAGGUCUUGUAUAAAAUGUGUUUGAACUUCAAACUCCCAUCUUUUUGGCUUUUGGCUUGUGUUUUUGUUAUUGGUUUUUGUCUUGGGUUCGGUCACUAUGGGUGUGGCCAUAAGUAGUGAAUGUUGUAUUGUUAUUAAGAGUGUUUUAAUUUAAUUCAUUUUCUGAUAAUUGAUAUGAAACAGAAUUU